AUGAAGGACUUACGGAAGUCGAACGGCUCACCCAUCGUUAUAAAAGCAGACGAUCCUCCGAUCAGUCAAUCACAGUUCACCGGCAGCUUUUCGCGAUCGCUACAAACAGCCGAACUUCUUUCAAACAACAACAUGAAGGCCUUUGUCGCAUUCGCCGUCCUGGCUUUGGCCACCGCAUCCACCGGAUCGUACCUUCCGGACGUUCAAUCGGUUCUCCCGUACUCCUACAACUCCGGAGCCUAUGGCCUGAAUGCGUACGACGGAUAUGGUCACUAUUCUUCCCUUGGUGGCUUGGGAUACUCUUCGCUGCUGGACCACGGACUGUCGUAUCCUUACUCUACGGCGUUGCCAUACGCCGCUGGUCUGCCAUAUUCCGGCUACAACCAAGGACUACACGGAUACUACGGAUCGAAAUACGCUCCGACCGUUGUCCAGGCCAACGUCAACACCCUGAAGACGGUUGACCAUCUGGGACUGUAUGGCGGAUACGGUCUUGGAAACGGAUAUGGUCUGGGACACGGAUACGGAUACGGAUACAACAACUACCUGCCGGUGACCCAUGCUGCCAAAUACGUUGCUGCCAAUCCGGGAGCCGUGCAUGUGGCUCCUCUGCCGGGACAUCUCGUCAACCAGAAGUCGAUUGUGGCUUAA